AUGGGCUCGCUAUUGAAGAAGCUCGCACUGGCGUUGUGCGCUAUGGGUGGCGCCAAUGCAAUCAACAUGGGUCUGCGGAUUGGAAGUGGCGGCAGGACUAUUCAUGACUUCAAGGAAGAGGUAGCCAAGGCUGAGGCAAACCUCGCCCGCCGAGACGUCGACCCAGAAUCGCUGUACCCCAAGAGAUACUUCGACAUGCCUGUGGACCACUUCCCGAACAAGGCCAAAUAUGCUCCUCACACCAAACACACAUACAAGAACCGGUACUGGUUUGACGAUUCGCAUUACAAGCCUGGCGGACCUGUCAUCAUCUUGCAGAGCGGCGAAACCAAUGGUCUUAACCGUCUUCCCUACAUGCAAAAGGGCAUCCUUGCCGACCUCGCUGAGGCUACUGGCGGCAUGUCUGUGAUAUUCGAGCACCGCUACUACGGCUACAGCUUUCCCACGCGGUACCUCAACACCACGGACCUACGCUUCUUGACAACCGAGCAAGCCCUUGAGGAUGUGAAGUACUUUGCCACCAAUGUUGUUUUUCCGGGGCACGAGAAGGAGAAUCUAACCUCAGGGUGCACCCCCUGGAUCAGCUAUGGCGGGUCAUACCCAGGAUCUAUUUCUGCUUUCCUGCGAGUCAAGUAUCCGGAUGUCUUCUGGGGUUCGAUCGGAUCGUCUGCGGUGACGAAAGCUAUCUAUGACUAUUGGCAGUACUACGCACCAGUUGCUGAAUACGGACCUGCGUUUGCUAUGGCUACGCAAAAGAUAUUCACCGACAUGGUCGACACCAUCCUCAUCAAGAAAGCCGACGACACAACGCUGACCCACAAGCUCAAAGCUACGUUCAAUUUGCCCAAUCUUACUCAUAAUGGUGACUUCGGGAACCAACUGGCAAGCGGUGUCGGCUUGUGGCAGAGUCUCAACUGGGAUCCCGAAGUCAGCGACACAGGCUUCUACGAUUACUGCAACAACAUCACCUCCUCAGACGUCCUAUACCCACACACAGAGUCUAAGCGUUCCGACGCAGCUUCCUUGCUCGAAGCAACCGGCUACGAGAGCAACACCACCGUCGUCAACCAGCUCCUCAACUACAUCGGCUGGGUCUACGAGAACUCCGUCAAGUACUGCGGCGAGGACCAAACGCAGGACGAAUGUUUCAGCACCCUCAUCAAAUCUCACUACCAAGAGACUGGGCAGGCGCAGUCCGUCUGGAGGUCCUGGUCUUAUCAGUAUUGCUCUGAGUGGGGAUAUCUUCAGACCGGUUCCGGUGUACCAAGAAACCAGAUGCCCGUUAUCUCGAGAACGAUUGACAUCGAGUACACUAGCGCGGUGUGCAGAUUCGCUUUUGAUAUCCAUCACCCAGCGGAUGUCGAGGAGGCGAAUCAGUACGGUGGCUAUGAGAUUUCGCACAGCAGGUUGGCGUUUAUCGAUGGGCAGUGGGAUCCUUGGAGGCCGGCUACGCCGCAUGCUUAUCAAUACGGCGCACCCCACCGGGUCAGCACGACGACCGAGCCUUUCAUCCUUAUUCCUAAAGCACUACAUCAUUACGACGAGAAUGGGCGGUUCCCGAACGAGACCACACCCAGGCUACCUCCGCCAGCGGUGAAGAACGCACAAAAGCAGGAGGUCCACUUCGUGAAGGCUUGGGUGGAUGAGUGGCAUGCUGCCAAGAAGUGA